AUGCCCAUCGACUUCACACUGUCCCCUUCACAGGCCGCCCUCAAAUCGGCCGCUCGCAAGUUCGCUGAAGACGUCCUCGCGCCAUGUCGAGCGGAAUAUCUCAAGCUUCCCACGCAAUUCGAGCGGUUUCGUGCCACCAAGGACGCCUACCGCGCGAUGAUCGAAGGCGGCUGGAUCAAAAUACAAAUCCCAGAGGAGUUUGGCGGCACGCGGAAGAGUCUCGUGGAUGUAGCCUUGGUGUGCGAGGAGUUCUUUGCGCAGGAUUCUAGCCUGCCGAUUACGUGGCUGGUGACGGGGUUGGGUCUUUCUCCUAUUUUCAUGUAUGGAAAUGACGAGCAGAAGAAGAGGUUCCUCGCCCCAUUUUUGACCUGUAAGGGAACACCGCUUGCGGCGCUGGGGUUUUCGGAGCCUACGGGCUCUGCGAACUGGCUUCAGAACGAAGGCGGCCAAGGAGUCCAGACGUUCGCAAAGGUUCAAGGUAAUGAGGUUGUCAUCAACGGAGGCAAGAUUUGGGCUUCCAGUAGCGGUGGAUGGGACUUCAAAGGACCAGAACUUAUAUGUCUCGUAUGUCGCUUCGGAUCCCAAGCGGCGCCCAUGGAUACCAUUGGCAUCGUGGUCAUCACGCGCGAGCAGUUUCACGACCCAAGAAACCGCGACUGCUUUCGCGUCGGCGUCGAUAUCGAGACACACGGAUUCCGUGCGCACUCUGGCCCUCGAACUCAUUUCACCAACUUCCGUGUUCCGACCAAGAACAUCCUUGCUAUGCCUGGGAAAGGCGCCAUGGUCAACGUAGCCGCCUUCACGGAGUCCGCAGCCUUGGUCGGCGCUGGAGCGGCGGGCCUCAUGAGAUCCUGCUUCAUUCACACUUUGAAGAUUGUCACCACUGACAAACGAGGCGGUUCACGUCCCACGAUUCAGUACCAGAGCGUCGCCGACUUUCUCAUCAGCAUGAAAAUGAGAAUGGAGACGACCCGAUAUCUCACGUGGAAGGCCUGCCAUUACCUGGACAUCACAGGUGAGGCAGAGCUAGCCUACCAAGCAAAAGUGUACGGUUCAGAGACAGCCAUUCAAUGUGUCCUGGAAGCGAUGCAAGCCGUUGGUGUGACAUCCUAUGAUACCGACCAGCCAUAUGGUCUCAUGAUGAAUGAUGCCAUCUGUCUGCCGGUGUUCGAAGGGUCCAACACGGGAAUCCGCCGUCGCCAGAUCCAGAAGAUCUUCCAGGCUGAAGGAUACGAUCCGGAUUCUUGUGCGAGUAAUACGGUCUGGAGCAAACCUGUUGCCGGGUUCCCGUAUCAUCUGAAAUGUCACCUCUAA